GGCGUGGCUAGUGACCAUUUUUGGGCGUCUGAUUGGUCGUAUUCCGACUGUAGGCGGGACGAGCGACGCGGCCCUCUGUAGACCAGUGAAAGACGCCAUUUUGUUAAUAGUGGUAAGGAGGAGACGGAUUUUUCGCGGAGAAGCCGUAUCGAUAAGAUCUGCCACCAUGGGGAACAUGUUUGCAGGCCUCUUUAAGAAUCUCUUUGGAAAGAAAGAGAUGCGUAUUCUGAUGGUGGGUUUGGAUGCUGCCGGCAAAACCACUAUUCUGUACAAGCUUAAACUGGGAGAGAUCGUCACCACCAUCCCCACUAUCGGUUUUAAUGUAGAGACAGUAGAAUAUAAGAACAUUAGUUUCACAGUGUGGGAUGUGGGCGGUCAGGAUAAGAUCCGGCCGCUGUGGAGGCAUUACUUCCAGAACACACAAGGUUUGAUUUUCGUGGUGGACAGUAAUGACAGGGAGCGAAUAAAUGAGGCGAGAGAGGAGUUGACAAGGAUGCUGGCUGAGGAUGAGCUCAGAGAUGCUGUGCUGCUCGUUUUUGCCAACAAACAGGACCUGCCCAACGCUAUGAACGCAGCAGAGAUCACAGACAAAUUGGGCCUGCAUUCGCUGAGGCACCGCAACUGGUACAUCCAGGCUACCUGCGCCACCAGUGGAGAUGGCCUGUACGAGGGCCUAGACUGGCUCUCCAACCAGCUCAAAAACGCUAAAUGAUCCAUUCCACCUAGCCCUCUGCUGUCUGCGCUGUGUGUGAAUGUGUGUAUGUGUGUGUAAUGAAAAAAGGCAGCGCUGGAUUUAGUCUCUCACCCACUUUAUCCAUCCUUUUUCUUUCGUUUGCUCCUGUAGACUUUAGAGGCUCUCCCCAGUGCUGUCUAGUGUACACACACCAGAAUGGAAGUGCGUGCGUGCGAGAUGAGAGUGGGAGCAGCCCUGCUGUGCCUUUUGAACACAUGCUUCUCAAACAGCUUGGUUCUCUCUCUCUCUGUUUCUUCCUCUCUCUUGUUUCCUUCUCUCCUGUCUCUGGUGUCCCCCCCUGGUUUUCACAAGGCAAAGAAUGACCCAGGAUGCUAAAAGGUUUUUUGUUUCUUUUGUUACUUACAGAAUAAAUAAAUAUAUUGAAAUAAAAGUACAGUCUUGAUUUUCAUCCUCUGAUGUUAAUGCAGUGGCGCAUGUCUAAGAUGUUACAAGGUUCACGUUGUCACCCUUUGACCCCCACAUAUGAUGAAACUCAUUGUAACCUGCAUCAGGUUGGGAGAAAAGAAAGACAAUAAAGUGACGUUUUCCAUCCUAGAUCCUUCUUUGCAUUAUUUGGGGGAAAAAGACGAUGCAGUUGUGGUUCUUCGCUGCUUGUUAAGGCGUGACUUCCACAUUGAAAGCCAGUUAUUGACUUCCUCUUGCUCUCCUCUAACCCACUUGCUCAUUGAAGCACAUGGCUGUAGAUUCCCUGGUUUAAAGGCAGCAUGUUCUUUAACACUAGUGUUUCAAACUGAUGCAUUCAGAAAAGUGUUCAGAACUGAAACAUCUAGGUUUAUGAUUCACUGUAAACUCCUAAACUGUUGUAAAUGUAGGAAGUGAUGCAUACAAAACAUCCUUCUGAUGCUGUAUUUUAACACUCAGAAUAGAUUUCCUUUUUUGGGUGACCGAGACAGGAGAGUUAGUCUGUGUACGCUGCGAGAGUUAGAAAUUUAUCAGAGUAGAGAGGCCUUUUUAGAGCUGCUCCCACUCCGAUUCUUUUCUUGUUUUCAUUUUUUUUUUUUUUGUUGGUUUUUUUUUCUUUCUUUCUUUCACAUGGUCUGUUGAGUCAGGGGUACAGCUCCAGUUAUUCACCCGUGGUCAUGAAGGGUAAAGUCAUGUUUAGUUGCUUUCAGGUUCACAUCUCAAGCUUGGAGUCCGUCAGGAACAAACAGCAAAGUGUUAAACCUGCCAGAACAAACUAGAUUCAUUACUUAAGAGGGAGGAUCGCAGAGCAGACUACAGCUGUACAUUUACAAACACGCAGAUUAACAAAGCUGUGUCUGUGGAUCACAGUCGCUUUGCUUUUUGCUCUUCUGUUUGUUUCCUUUACUUAACCGCUUUUUUUUUUUUCCUCUGGCUGUGUUGCCCGACAGUCAGUCCAUUUCUGAGUUUAUCCUCCAAAAUGUAACCAGCAGACAGGCAAUUUUCAACCCUCCAAAACAACUGACAAGAGAUUAUUCCUUUUCCUUGGUAUCUGAUUUAUUCCAAAGGCUACUGCGAAUGUUGUUGCAUACAUCAAAUACUUGCACACUGUAAGAAAUUGCUUGUUCUGUGUGAUUCCCAAAGGUCAUGAUCCUGUACUGACCUCUUACAAAGGAAUGGGUGAAUUGACACCCUUAACUAGGUCUACAACUGGACAGCAACAGUUUUUUUCUUUUUUUUUUCUUUACAAAUUGCACCAAAACUCAGCAAGUUUCAGAACUCUAAUAAAUUUUUGGGCCUUUUAUUGUAAUGAUCUCUUCAACCUACUGCAGUAGCUGAAAUAACUGAUUUAUUUGAAUGACAAAUAUCAUCUGUAUGGCAAAGUAAUAAUGUGUAAGAACAUGUAUUUUAGCUAGGUAUUUCAUUUAGGCACCGUAUGUUGAGAUGUGAAGCUUUAAUUCUGAAGAAAUUAUGUUUAAAAAAAAAACAGCAAGAAAGGUGUGCAUGUUUCCCCCCCUUUUCUUAAGUUUUCUUUGUUUCUAGCUUUUUUUAACCCAUCUUGUAACAUCUGAGAAAUGCACUAUAAUAAAGAGAUCUCUAUUA